AGUCAUUCUCUCUCUAACUUUCUCUCUCCUCUCAUCGCACUCUUCUAUUCUUCUGAGCCGAAGUCUCUGCUCUGUUUUUCUCUCUGAUCUUAUUAAUCCGAGUGAGAAACGCUAAAACAAAUGCAGCAUUUGGUGGAAAUGCAAGAGAAUUCAGAGUUUGGUGACCCAAAUUCUUGGCUCUCAGCGCAUGAACACUCGUCAUCCUCGCUUGCUAGCUCCACUGCUGCAGCAUCUGCAGCAAAUGCCAAUAUGGAUCGCGUUCUCUUCAACGAUCUCGUCGAGAUUGUUCCUCUCGUUCAGUCCCUCAUCGAUCGUAAAGCAAGCCGUUCAUUCACCCGUCGUGGUUCCAUGAUCUACACCAAGACACCUACAAGAGAAUCAUUGUCUAAAAGAGCAACAGAUUCAAAAAGCAGGAACGUUUCUCAAUCUAUUCCCGCCAAAAAGAAAAGGGACCAUGGAGAAAAAGAACAAGGCAAAAAUGGCAGCAAUAAUUCUGAUGCCGAUAGCUUGUCUAUGUUUUCUUCAAGAGCUUUGAAACCAGAAAAGGACGGAGAAGAAUUAGCUAUAUUGAAGGAGCAGUUAGAGGAACUGCAGAACAAGUUAUGGGAGAAAGAUGAACUUUUAAAGUCAGCUGAAAAUUCAAGAGACCAGCUGAAUGCUUUUAAUGCAAAACUCGAUGAAUUGAAACACCAGGCUUCAGAAAAGGACAAUUUACUAAAGUAUACUCAAGAACUGCUCUCUGAUACUAAGAUUAAGCUUGCAGACAAGCAAGCUGCACUUGAAAAGAUACAAUGGGAAGCGAUGACAUCCAACAAGAAAGUGGAGAAACUCCAAGAUGAGCUAGAUUCCAUGCAAGCAGAUAUUUCAUCAUUUACUUUGUUGCUUGAAGGCUUGACAAAAACUGACACUGCUAAAUACACUGAUAAUUAUGACACCAAGCCUUACGAUUUCAAUUACCUGCCUAGUAUUGAUGAUUUGGACGAGAUGGAACAGCAGAAAAUGGAAGAAGCAAGAAAAGCUUAUAUUGCUGCUGUUGCUGUUACCAAGGAAAAACGAGAUGAAGAAUCAAUUGCUGCUGCUGCCAAUGCUAGGUUACAUCUUCAGUCACUUGUUUUCAAAUCCAAAAACUCCAACCUGUGAUUUUACUAGUUUUAUUUAACAUAUUUACACUCUAGGUCCUUUAGUAUCAAGCGGUGAAGCACUUAUCCUGUGUGUGAGAGAGAAAUUUAUUUGUUAACAUGGCUGUUUGUGAACAAAUAUAAGAAUUUGUACCAUUUUAUGUAAUAGAGUAAAAAACUAGAGCUUGUUGAAUGAGGUGAAAAUGUUUCCUCGCGGGUCUAACUGAAGUCCGAAUUUUACCAGACCUUCUUUCCAUCGGGUUUUCAAAAGCACAAGAGUAAAUCAUGACCUGACUGUUUUUGGUUUCUCUUUGAAGUGGCAUUCAGCAAGUUUUCUUCUAGUAGCUGAUUCUGAAUGGCAGUGGUUAUAUUCAUGUGGGAGCCGCAGUUACUGUUCACAUCGGCAAACUGUUACUGUUACGAAUGACUCAAAGUUUGUUAUAUUAUACUUGUAUAUGUAUAUUUUCCCUUUUGUACCCAAGUUGUCUUUUGGUUUCCUACAUCCCUAUGUGCUUCGUAUAAUAGCCACAAGGUGGAUUUUGCGCUAUUUACUAUCUGAAUUAUUUUAUAAUGUGGC